CUAUUUUCUUUAACAUAAUAAAAUGUCGUGGCGCAAAAUUGAUAUUGACCAGUUUGACGAGGAUACUUAUACCCAAGAUGAAUUCCUUGCCGAAUUUGAGUCACCUCUUCCAGCCGAACAAGUGAAUGCUACCAUCCAGUCGCGAACCACUGACAUUCGAAAUCUAUUGACUCGUGGUGACCAAAAUGCUGCCCUUACCUUGGCCCUAUCGGAUCCACCUUAUGGUCGCCAUCUCGGAGUUGCAAAGGGUAUGGCCACACAAGCAGUGUUGGAUGUCCUUACACAGUUUCGUGCUACUGAUAUUACUCCAGUUAUCAACUCGAUUUCCCAAGACGAGCAAGAUGUGUUGAUGAAGUAUCUCUUUGCAGGCAUGGCCAGACCUGAAGUUUAUAACUCCAGUGUAUUGUUAACUUGGCAUGAAAAGUUGACAGAGGUAGCUGGUACUGGCUCCAUUGUUCGUGUCAUGACAGAUAAACGUACAAUCGUGUAAAAAAAACGCACUAUUUUACUUGCUCCCUCUAAAAGAAAUACAAACACACACAUAUAUAUAUACAUAAAUAUGGCAUGAAUGUUCGCGUACAUACGAGCCCAUAAACCUUCUCGAACAAUUGACGUACACUACUCAUAUCAGACAAUUCUUCCAUUUUAUAUAUAUAUAUAUCUAAUAAUAAAAAAAGAAG